AGAUGUGCAACAGAGUUGAGGAUGCCCAUUAAAAAUUAAAGUAUGUAUAUUGUUCGAAUUUCUUGAAUCCUUUGAUGGAGCCUUUCAAGUCGUCUCCAUCUUCGUCAUCUUCUGUACCAACUGGAAGAUGGACACAUGAAGUGUUCCUAAGCUUUAGAGGCGAAGACACGCGCAAUAAUUUUGUAGAUCAUCUUUAUACGGCUCUAAGUCAAAGAGGAAUAUCUGUGUUUAAAGAUGAUAAGGCGCUCGAUAAAGGGAAACCGAUCUCCCGGGAGCUGCUGAAAGCCAUUGAAGAAUCAAAAUUUGCAGUGGUUGUUUUCUCUAAAAAUUAUGCGGACUCCUCAUGGUGUUUGGAUGAGCUUGUCAAAAUCAUGGAAUGCCAAGAUCAGAUGGGACAGAUGGUUUUACCGGUGUUCUAUCACACAGAUCCAUCCGAUGUGCGUGGACAGAAAAAUGACUUCGAUACCGCCUUUCAGGAGCACGAGGACAAGUUUAAGGGAGAGAUAGAGAAAGUGAAAAACUGGAGGAAAGCUUUAGCUGCAGCUGCAGGUUUGUCUGGGUGGCAUAUCAAGGAAACAGGGAAUGGGGGCGAAUCUGCCAUUCUCAAGGACAUUGUUGCAAAGAUAUCAGACAGCAUACAACCUCGUGAUUUGGAGAAACAUCUAUUUGGUAUCGAGUCUCGGAUAGAUGAAUUAUAUCCAUUAUUGGAUAUGGAUGCGACAGAAAAGGUCCACAUGGUAGGGAUAUUGGGAAUGGGAGGAAUUGGUAAGACAACUGUUGCUCAAGCUUUAUUCCGAAGAAUUAAGCAUAAUUUUGAGGGUUAUAGCUUUGUUAACGAUGUUAGAGAAAAUAGUUAUAGUAAAAAAGAUGUAUGUGCCUUACAACAAAAGAUUUUAAGAGAAAUUUUAAAGCAAAUGGCUCCUUUUGGUAAAGUGAGUGUUGGUUAUCCGACUGUGGAUCCUGAGUAUGGAGCCAACAUGAUACGUGAACGAUUUUGCCAUAAAAAGACGCCUAGAGGUGAAUGGGUGCUCCCGACUUCAAAGACUGUGAGGGCUUCCAUCAAGCAUACACUGGAAAAGAUUGGAGAUCUAUCAAAAGAGGGUGACUGGUUGUAUAAGAUAUGGCUGAGUCAUAACCAGAACCUCUUAGAAGAUGAAGAGAAUCAAAGAUACCUUGAUAAGAUGCUGCAACUAUCUUUCAUUAAGAAAUGUGCUGCUGUAAAUCAUCGAUUAAGUAUUACUAUCCCUGGAAGUAUGAUUCCAAGCUGGUUCGAAAAACAAAUGGAUGGGUGCAGAAUAGGACUGAGGUUACCUCAGAAAUGGCAUACUGAGAUCCUGGGUUUCGUGGUAUGUGGCGUGUUUACUUACCAGUGGUCGAGAUAUAAUCUUCAUCCUCGCAUCAUCUUCAGAAUUACAAAGGAUGGAGCGGCCACUCCUAAGCCGGAGGUUAAUGCAACUGAAACAGCCGAGAAUACAAAUCUGUGGAUUAGCUAUAUCCCGUUGGAUUUCUUUCAGCAGAUGUACCAUGAUAUUCAACCUGAAGACUGGUCUCAUAUUCAAGGUAAUCUUGACAUGACUGUAACAUCAGUAGAUGGCACAGAAUCAGUGAGAUGUGGGGCACAUGUUAUCUACAAAAAAGACGUUCAACAGAUUACAACUUUUAUCUCUGAUUACGUGGACGUAGUGCAUGUUGAUGAUAUGUAUCUUCGAUAUGAUGAAAUUAUUUCUGGCAACACUCGCGUUUAUGAAGAAAAGUUUGAUAUGAAAAGCUUGAUGCCUUUAAGAAGUAGAACCUCAGCAAGGCGCAACACGGAGCACAUAUUUUGUUUCAAACCGUCUUACUUUGAUGUUGGUAUCUUGUCCUUUUAUUCCAAGGCCAAGGAUUUUUUGCUGUCCACUAUUAGAAGAAAAUGAUACAAUUAACAAUUACGGUCGACAAAAGUCACAAUUGUGAUUCCUUGAGGCUGAAAGCAAACUUGAAGAUAACUAUCCGUAUAUUUAAGUUGUUCAGUCCAAAAUCCAGCGAGUACACUGCACCACUGUCUUACAUAGGUCGAGGUGGCUGUAGGAGAGCCCCAAAAGUAUACUCUACAAUUUAUACUAUAUAUGUUUCAAAGUAAAUCUAUAUUCUUGGAAUUUUCAGUUGCUUUUCUAUAUAUAAAAGUAGAUAUGCUAGUUCUGGGAUCCCAAUUAGUUUAUUUAUUAUGUUCAAGAGAAUCUAUGUAAUGAAGAUGAUGUGUGCUUUGUUUGAAAGAAGCU